GAGCCGGCCGGGGCGGCGGGGACGCGCACUAGUUGAGCCCCUCCCUCCUCACCCCGGGGCCGACCGGAGGCGCCCCGGCACCCCCUCUUCGCCCGCAGCUCCGCCAGCGCCACCCCCCGCGGGCCGCAGGGGCUCAUGCAGCCGCCAAGGGAGAGGCUAGUGGUAACAGGCCGAGCUGGAUGGAUGGGUAUGGGGAGAGGGGCAGCACGUUCAGCCCUGGGAUUCUGGCCGACCCUCGCCUUCCUUCUCUGCAGCUUCCCCGCAGCCACCUCCCCGUGCAAGAUCCUCAAGUGCAACUCUGAGUUCUGGAGCGCCACGGCAGGCAGCCAGUCCCAGGUGGCGGACGAGGCGCGCGAAUUCUGCGCCGCGCUGCGCACCUACGCCCUGUGCACGCGGCGCACGGCGCGCACCUGCCGCGGCGACCUGGCAUACCACUCGGCGGUCCAUGGCAUCGAGGACCUCAUGAGCCAGCACAACUGCUCCAAGGAUGGCCCCACGUCGCAGCCGCGCCUGCGCACGCUCCCGCCGCCGGGGGACAGCCAGGAACGCUCCGACAGCCCUGAGAUCUGCCACUACGAGAAGAGCUUCCACAAGCACGCGGCCACCCCCAACUACACGCACUGCGGCCUCUUUGGGGACCCGCACCUCAGGACUUUCACAGACCGCUUCCAGACCUGCAAGGUGCAGGGCGCCUGGCCGCUCAUCGACAAUAAUUACCUAAACGUGCAAGUCACCAACACACCUGUGCUGCCCGGCUCGGCCGCCACCGCCACCAGCAAGCUCACCAUCAUCUUCAAGAACUUCCAGGAGUGUGUGGACCAGAAGGUGUACCAGGCCGAGAUGGACGAGCUCCCAGCCGCCUUUGCCGAUGGCUCCAAGAACGGCGGGGACAAGCACGGGGCCAAUAGCCUGAAGAUCACGGAGAAGGUGUCGGGCCAGCACGUGGAGAUCCAGGCCAAGUACAUCGGCACCACCAUCGUGGUGCGCCAGGUGGGCCGCUACCUGACUUUCGCAGUGCGCAUGCCCGAGGAGGUGGUCAACGCCGUGGAGGACCGGGACAGCCAGGGCCUCUACCUCUGCCUGCGGGGCUGCCCCCUCAACCAGCAGAUCGACUUCCAGGCCUUCCGCGCCAACGCCGAGGGCCCCGGCACCCGCAGGCAGGCGGCCGCCAGCCCGGCACCCGCGGCCCCGGACACCUUCCCGUACGAGACGGCCGCGGCCAAGUGCAAGGAAAAGCUGCCCGUGGAGGAUCUCUACUACCAGGCCUGCGUCUUCGACCUGCUCACCACGGGGGACGUGAACUUCACGCUGGCGGCCUACUACGCCUUGGAGGACGUGAAGAUGCUCCACUCUAACAAGGACCGACUGCAUCUCUAUGAGAGGACUCAGGAGCCGCCAGGCCGCGCGGCCGCUGCGGCGCUAUCCCCGGCCCCCAGUCCCCUCCUGGGCAGCCUCCUGCUCCUCCCCAUGCUCCCGGGGCUCCUGGAGGCCAUGGCCGCCUAGGGCGCAGAGCGAGGCGCUGCCUGUCCCCAGCUGGCCGGCGGCCGCCCGAUGGCCCGCGGGUCUCUGCAGGGGUCAGAGCCGGGGGCUGUGGGACAGCUACCUCAGAGCUGCCUCGGGCUGUCUGCUGGCAAGGGCUGGGGCCGUGGGGCGGCGCCCCGCCCUCUCGAGGGCCCGUGACGGUUGUGGUGACUGGUGCUGUGAUGUUUGUGACAGUAGAGCUGUGGGAGGGGGCGCUGCGCCCCUCCGCCCGCCCUGCGGUGUGAAUGUGCACACCAGAGCCCCUCAGGCCGACGCCCCGCCCCGCCGGAGACACUGGGAGAGGCCAGAGUCGCCUCCUCCCGCCCCUAAUGCACUGAACCAGGCCCGGCGACUGCUGCACGCGCACUCGGGGGCCGCCUGCGCCCGCCGCACGCACACACUCUCACACGAGCACACUCGCACACACUAAGCCGGCGGGGCCGAGGCACCCGCGAGGCGGGCCCCCCAGGCAGAGCUCCUCUCCCCAGGGGUGAUGCUUGGCAUCUUUAGCAAAUUCAUAUACCCCUUUGGCCACAAGGGGUUGUCCUCCGGGUGCCCUCCUGCCUGUGGCCUCCCCGUGAGCCGAGGGGAGACCCCCAUGUGCGCCCUGGCUGCUGUGGGCACGGGCUCCGGCCCGGUCACCAGCCCCUGCGCCGGAGCCCCGCGGCUGGGGACCAUACGUGUUGGCAGGUGCUCUUAGUUAUGCCCCUCUUGGGCUCAGAUGUCCUUUUCUGGCCCCUCCCCCUGGUGCCCAUUCCCCACUGUGCGUAGGAAGUCAAGUCCUUGUUUCUAAAUGUCUAAACAGAGAACUACCCCUCGAUUUCUGUUCCUGCCUCUCCAGCAGAUGACAAGAGCCCCCGGCCAGGGAGCUUGGGCCGCAGCGCGUGGGCAGGAGACCCAGUGGAUAGGGCCAGCUGGCCUGCCCUGAUCCUCUGUUCUCCCCUCCCCUGCCCUGCCUCCGCCCCCCACCCCCCCCCCCCCCCAGCCGUGCUGCCUGCCGCAUCUGCCCAGGUCUGCAUUCUGGGAAGAGGAGCACAUCUGGAAGGCCUCUCGGCCCUGAGCAUCCCUUGCAGGGUCUCCUCCGUCCCGUCCCUUCCCUUGAGCCCCGUGGCCACACAGCCAAAAGACACUUGCUGCGGGGAGCCUGGGCCACACAUCUGUCGGAGAAGCCCUGGACCGGUCCCGCCUCUGCUGCUGUUCCAGAGAACCCAGGGACCAACACGAGGCUGGGCUCCGCUCCCAAAGGUGCGGCGAGGCCCCAGGGGGCGAUUGUCCCAGAAGCCCCACAGCCCCGCCCUGUCCCCACCCACCCGUUGGCACCCGCGGCAGCCCCUCUGCUGUUCCCCAGGGACCUCUCAUACACUGGCCCAGGAGGCUGUGGACGUGUCCCCGCCUCCCCCUCCAAGAGGUCCCCUCUCUCUGCCAGACCCCGGUGGGUGGGCUGGUGGGGCAAGGCCCCUGCUGGUUUUUAGAUGGUCCCUCUGUUGGAAGUAAAAAGUGAAGCACUUUAUUUUGGUUGUGUUUGACCGCAUUCUGCUUGGAAGUGGGGACCCCUCACUGUGUCCUUGUGUCUGCGACCUGUGUGGGGUGUCACUGCGUGUACAUACUGUAAAUUAUUUAUUAAUGGCUAAAUGCAAGUAAAGUUUGGGUUUUUUUUGUUUUGUUAUUUUC